UAAGGUUCACCCUGACGUCGCACGCGGUCGAUUUUCCGCGCCUCCUGCUAUGCAUUUCCCUCUUCGAAUCGACGCUUACGCCUUUUUGUUAUGCUCCGAAUCCGCAGGAUACCCGGAAUUUUGUACAAGCACAAGUUCACCGUCUAUUCGGCCUGCCUCGUUCUCUUCACCUGCGUCUAUUUAUCUUUCAAAUUGAACGUGUUCUGCGUCAACCUGCAGGCCUGGAGUCACGUGACUAAAUUGUGUCGUCAGUACGAAGAGGGACUGGCUGUGGGGUCCCUGUGCGCCCCGUUGUGCCUCACCCGGGACAUCCACUCGCUGACGUGCCACUCGUUCGAGGCCACCAAGGAGGCGGUCUUCAGCGCCGAAUGGCACGACAUCCGCUUGGUGUUCAAGUCGGUGCCGAAGGACGUGAAGGCGCUGCAUUGGUACGACAACGGCGCCGCCAGGUACCCCAGCGAAAAGGACUUCCUGCAGACCAUCAGAGCCAUAGUCAGGAAUAAAUUCAACCUGACGGUGGCGUACGAUACGGCUGUCAGGUUGUCCAGGCUGAAGCCCAGCUACGAGGAGAAGGACGCGAACAAGAGGAGGAAGGAGAUGGAUAAUUUGUGGUUGUUGUUGCAGGAUAAUGAGUACUUGUUGUCCGCUUUGUUUACUGAUAAGGACGUUUUUCCCCAAUUGUUAGGUACUUGUGGUCCGUAUUUCGCGGUGGAAUAUUUGGAUCCCAUACCGACGAUUUCCUCGUAUUUAACGUACAGCGACGACACGGAGAAUUGGGGAAAGCGCCUGAAGCUGGCCGUUCAAAUAUUGGAGCUUCUGGAUAAGUUAGAGACGAAUUUCAGAGAGCCGUUUCACCUUUGUGACCUUAAACUGGAGCACUUCGGCGUCGUGAGGGAUCAGAACGCGUUGAAAUUCAUCGAUUUGGACGGCGUCCUGCCCAAGUCGGUCGUCAACGCCAUAAUCAACGAUGUGGAAUACUGCGGUAGUGAUAGUGACUGUGAUUUCAUCGAUUGUCGCUCGAGGUGCGACGAUCAAAACAGGUGCAGCAAUAUCGUCGCCAACGAUAAUCUGCAAAUCGUCUGCGAGAAAAUUUUUCUAGGCUGGAAAAUGGCGAAUACUAUACUGGUGCCUGGGCUUUUGAUGUCCCAACACACGCCCUCUGAGCUAGCGUCCCUGCUGAGGCAAUGCGCCAAUCCGGACAGCGAAGAGGGCAAACCGAGAACAAUACCCGAUUUAGACAUUAAGAAAAGGCUUUAUAGCGCAUUAUCAGAGAUAGAACAGACUGUUAAUAACGAUUUUUUCCUUUAAUUUUGUUACAUUUGAUACGAAGUUUAGUACUAUUAAAUAUUGGAUUAUUUAUUGGCGUUUUACUACAAGGUUUCGGAUAAAUUAUAAAAAGUAGAAAAUUUGGGAAUAAAUAUAAAAAAUCAACGUUAAAUUUCAGUUUUGUUUGCGCCAACGGUUCUAAUAGAAAUAAAAUUGUUGAUAUAAUUGUAAUUCCUUCUUUUUGGUGGAAAUUUCUUUGUUUGUAACAUAGUUUUUCACCAAAAUUCCUUUUAAAGUCCAAUUUUUAUGCAUAAAAAAGAGUAAGUACUAAGUGCAUGUUUAGUAAUAUUUUGAAUAAAAAUUGGACCUGUAGCCAAAAAACUAUUAUAGAAUAUCACAACCAGAAAAAAACAAUUAGGCACUUUUAAAACUCACCGUUAAAUAUUACUACUAAAAACCGUACAUACCGCAGAUUACACAAACAAAUCCAAAUUACAAACCUUGAUACUUAAAUUAAUAAACAAUUUUGUACUUCAAUCUACAUACUUAAAAAUCCAAAUUAUCUACGACAAUUCGCUUUUCUCCUUAGCUAAACACUCCAAUUUCUGCAUAAUCAAACUCAAAUCGUCCCCUUUGGCGAUUUUAAGGUACACGCAAUUCCUAACCAUAUGGAACACCAACCAGCUAGGAAACUCUUUGGAAAUCACCCGAAGGUGCUCCUCCAUUUCGACCCUACUCAAAUGGCUUCUGUAGCAGUUACCCAAUUUUUCUACCACCACUUCCAGCUGCAGGACGCUCUUCUUCUCCGAAACGAACAGGCUUCUGGUAAGGCGCGCUAUCUCCGGCAGUCUCGAGUAAAUUUUCAGUUCCUUCUCUUGAUCCGCCGAUCUAGUCAUCGUCAGCAAGGCUUUAGCAGCCUGUUUUUGACGUACCUUCUCCAAAAGAGCCUUUGGAAUA